AUGUUUUCUCCUCAAUGUUUCAAAGAAGCUCUGCAAUAUAAGCCAAAGUUUCGAGACGUCUUCAUCUGCUCAUAUCCCAAAUGUGGUACCACCUGGAUGCAAAAUAUUAUUCUUCAUAUUUUCCGAAAAGGGCAAAAGCUUAGCAAUCCAUUGGAAUUUUUGAGAUUAGCACCUUACAUAGAUAUGCAAGGACAAGAAGGUAUUGACGAGAUGCCCAGACCUGGAGCCUUCAAAACUCACAUACCUUUUUCUCGGAUGCCUUAUUCUAAAGAUGCUAAAUAUAUUUUUGUGGCCAGAAAUCCUAAAGACUGUUGCGUGUCUUCCUAUUACCACACCAGAAAUCAACCAGGCUUUGAAUACUGGGAAAGUGAUUUCAAUGAUUUUUUCGAGCUGUUCAUGGCCGGUGAAGUUCAAUACAAUGAUUACUUCGACCAUUUGUUAGAUUGGUAUCCUCAUCGCAAUGAUCCGAAUGUAUUUUACACAAGAUAUGAAGACAUGAAGAAGGACAUAAAAAGUGUUAUAAUAAAGCUUUCAAAGUUCCUUGGUAAAGAAUACAAUGAUGCAAUUGAGAAAGAUAAUGCUGUUCUAAGCAAUAUAAUGCUUUAUAACCGAUUUGACUAUAUGAAAGAAAAGUUCUCAAACCUCUACACAGUGAACAAAAAUAAUUACAUAGAAAAUAUGUAUGAAGGUUGCAAGUAUAGGAGAUCAUUUCUUGAGAAUCUGGAAAUCCCUAAAAAUCUGCCAGGACUGCAAUUCAUAAGGAAAGGCAUUACUGGGGAUUGGAAAAAUCACUUUUCCCCUGAACAAACCAAGAGAAUGAAUAGCAAAAUCUCAUUUAGACUGAAAGAUACUGAGUUCUUGCAAAUAUACUUGGAAGCAUGA